AUGUCUGAGCCACAUCAUUAUCAUCAUCAUGACCAAGGGGAGGAAGUCGAAGGGGCACCCUCGCGACAGGAGGCUGGCAGGUUAAAUAAGAGGGACUCGAAGCUUGCGUUGAGGAACUUGUUUCACAGAAACAGAUCAGCUACCGAAGCCGAACGAAUGUCGACUGUCGCUCCCAGAGAUACGCCAACGAGGUCCGGAGGUCUGCGCGCCUCCAUUGCUAGUGUCAGCCACUGGCCCUAUGGACUGCAUCACGAUAAUGGCCAAGCCCAGCGGUCCGACGUGACGUUACCCGGGUCCGCGGCCGGGUCUCCUCUCGCAUCUACCUUCCCGGCCCAAACUUUGAAACACAAGAAAUCAGCAAGUGCAGUGCGUGGGCACGCAUCGCCUAGAGCAUCAAGGGGAUCCCUGGCUGCUUGGGAUCCACCAACCCUUUGCCAAGUUUAUCCCCAGGCCAUCAAGCAAGCCCGUCUUCCUGCCUGUACCGCUUCAGCUGAGGCUAUACUCAGGCUGCAUCAACACAAGGGCAUCUUCUCGAUUAGCGACGCUUUCGGAUCAAGCUCAACAACAGCCGCAGAUGGGGCAGCUCCGUCGACAGCAGGAGCGGACAGGUCCGAGAGAGGGAAGAGGAAACACCGCCGCAAUACCUCUGGAUCGGUUGCCCUCAAGUUAGACUGGACGACCAAGUUUUUCGUGCUUAUUUCGGGAUACUUGCUCCAGUACACUGGGGAUGGGCCCUUGGACCGUCUGCCGGAGAAGAUCUUGCCGCUCGGAAAGGACUCAGCUGCCUUUGUGAGCGAUGUUAUUCCAGGCCGUCACUGGGUAUUGCAGAUAACCGCCACAGCCGAUUCGGACUUUGCCGCCCCAGCAUCUCACGCCAGCUCAUUGCUUGCCCGACUGCCUUUUCGAGGUGACAAAAGGCAGGCCUCCAACCUUUUGAUGGUAUUCGAGAACGCGGCCGAUAUGGAGAGUUGGUUGGCCACGCUUAGACGCGAAAUCGAAGGCCUCGGAGGAAAGAAGAAGGUCUCGGAGACAGGAAACACACAUUUCGACAAUGAGGCGUCAGAGCUUCGAAGCCAGACGAGCCAAAGAACUUUGGUAGUUGAUGAUUACGUCGGGGCCAUGUCUGGUGAUGCGUGGGAUGGACGCCAAAGCACCUCCAAUCUGGAUAUCAAUAUGGACUUCACUGAACGAGGUCAGUCCUUUGACGAGGCUGCGUCCACCGCUAGCGUAAUCUCCCAUGAUGGCAGACAGCUCGACGGGCUUAGAGAUAGUACUCAGCGGUUUUCAUAUCUGUCGUCCGGUCAGCGUACAGCCCUGACGUCAGCUGGGUCAUCACCAGCAUGUUCGCCUAUUCACGAUUCUUUUGCAAGCCUUCAGGACUCCAUCCCAGAGCUCACCGCCCUUGAUGACCAACCCCGACCGCGACCAAGACCGAAUGCAGCAGCGAUCAGUGACAGAAGACAGUCUCUGCAGACGUCCAAUCAUCUCCUCGAAAUGCGUCUCGCCGCCUCUCAUCCUCUCUCGAGUUUGAGUACGUGGAAUUUCGAUCCCAGCAGCCCUUCGAGCUCUAGCAAACGAUCCAGUCAGCGUUAUUCGCUCGCUAGGUCAACGAAAUCCCUCCCGGAAGAGGAAGGUGAACCAUCUUCUCCACCCCCUCCGCUACCUUGUCAGAUGCGCGGGGGUUCACGGAGACCCCCGCCCUCGGCUCUAUGCCUCAACUCACGCCCGCUCUCUUUUGUGGUGGAUCAACCGUCGCCUGAAUCGCCGUCGCUUGAGAAGAAUGGUGUUUCAAUCGAAGUAGCCGAUGAAACAGCACCGGAACCGCAGUCCCUUUUCUCGUCUUGGGGAUUGCCGGACGCAACCAAGCAACGUUGUGAUAGCGGCGAGGACUGGGAGAAUCUCUCUCCCACGCAACCUGUCACACAUGGUAGCCCUGAAAAGAGGUCAGGCUGUGCUCCUCCGUCAUCAAUGGCUUUCCAAGACAUGCUCAGAUCCACUCCAUCCAUCGGCGAUUACCCAGGUAGCCCAUCGAAGCGCGCCGAUAGAAGAUUCAGUUUGCAGUCUCAGCUGUCAGAAAGGUCAAGCGAACCUGAUCGCAGUUUCCUUGAUCUGAGUGACCUCGGUGACGAUCUCGGCGACCUUCCCCAGAUAUCUUCAACUUCACUUUCGAAGCAGGGUUCGAGACCAGCGCCACAUUUUAGGUCGAUGUCGGUUGCCAACGGCUUGGGUUCGCGACGGAAUAAGACACAGCUGGCGGAAGGCCCCCCGCCUGCUCCCCCGCCGAAUCGUGCCCUUCCUCCAAUCCCGAGAAAAUCGUCACUUCAAGUCUGUCACUCAGCAUAUUCACCUUGA